UAAAAUGGUAUUAAUGGAAAACCACCAGGGAAAGUGUCAGAAAAUUAAAAUUUUGGAUAGUGAGAAAAUGGAAAAUUUAGAGUCUUGCAUUUUAUGUGUUUUCUGUUACCAUUUCAGUGCCCAUUUAUUAUGCUUCUCAUUUUAUUUAUGCACCCUGUCGCUUGCAAAUGAAGAUCUGGCCUUGGAAGAUUGCCCAUAAAUGUGAGAUCCACCCAUAUAUGGUUUUUCGGAGAAAAAUUGAAUGACCCUGUUGGAUUCUACCAUUUUCUUAUGUGGGGUGGUGGAUUUUAUUUGCUUUUAUUUCUCAAGAAUCCUCCCUGCUUGAAGAUAGUCCUAUAGGGUAAAAGUAUCAGCCCGGUGGUUGAAGAUUGUCCUCCCUUCUUUGGUGAUGCUUUGUAGGCAAUUUGUCUUUUAAGAAACAAACUAUUGACUCUAGAAUGAUUACAGAUUACAAAUUAGCACAUCUAGCAGUCUUAUGAUUUAACAAAUAGAAUUAAUUUCUUUGACAAUUGUAGGAUGCUCUGCUACAUGUUUUGGUAAUGAUGAUUAGUGGAUUGGUAAUUGGAUCAUUUUAAUUGGACUAAUUAGAAUCUGAUAGAUGAUAUAAGUUUAACAUUUGGGGUCUACUGUUUUAUGUCCAUUGCUCAAGGCAAUUCAAUGUAUGAUUAUUAUACAGCAUUAAAAAUUUGUUUUGGACUGACAAUUUCCCUUGUCACCUAUUGUUUUUUGCUUCUCCUCCAACAUAGGAUAAUGAUAGAAGGAUAAUACAUUGCUAUGAUUAGCUCUUUCUUGUCUCCAAAGAUAAGAUUAUCAAUCUUUAAACUUAGAGUACAAUCAAAGGAGAAUGUUUGUUCAACUAUAAAAUACAUGUUCUUUACCUCAUCUUUCACCAAAUUGCAUCAGAAUGGGGUUGCUGGUUUCUUUUGCUGCUUGGUUUCUUUUCCUCAUAUGGCAUUUCAUGUCUCCUGAAAAUGCAGCAGCACAACCGGUUUCCUUGUAUAUAAGCAACAAAUGCCCCUUUCCAAUAUGGCCUGCAACUGCCCCAAACGCAGGCCAUCCAGUGAUAGCGGAUGGUGGCUUCAGCCUUCCUUCAGGCCAGACCCGACGCAUCUAUGCCCCACCAACAUGGAGUGGCCGGCUUUGGGCCAGAACUGGCUGCAAAUUCAACUCCAAUUGGCAACCAGCCUGCCAAACUGGUGACUGUGAUGGUCGCUUUGCAUGCAAUGGAACUAUAGGCCUUCCCCCAGCUACACUGGUUCAAAUUUCGCUGCAGCCAGACAAGAGCAAGCCAAGCUUUUAUGAUGUAAGCUUGGUUGAUGGCUACAAUCUCCCUGUUUCGGUCACAACAAAGCCUAGGGCAUCAAAAUGUUCCAUUGGAGGCUGCUUGACAAAUAUGAACAGCUUGUGCCCACAAGAGCUUCAAGUCUUGAGCAACAAUAUGGAAGUAGUGGCCUGCAAGAGUGCUUGCUUGGCUUUCAAUUUGGACAUGUUCUGUUGCAGGAAUGAGUAUGGGACCCCAGAGAAGUGCAAACCAAGCGUCUACUCCAAAAUGUUUAAGGGAGCUUGUCCCUCGUACUAUAGUUAUGCUUUUGAUACACCAGCACCAUUGGUAAACUGUCCGUCCAAAGAGUAUAUCAUAACCUUCUGUCCGUCCAACUGGGGAGAUGAGCAUAUGGGCAUAUAGAGUGUAGAAUUUAUAUCAACUCAAACUUUAUCUUGAUGUUGGUUUUGUGAAGCUUUAAUCAUUCUAAUAAAGCUGUUGAUUGUUGGUUUCUUUGCUAUCA